CGGGUAGGAUGUGGUGGAACAUUGGCAGCGACGACAACAUGGAAGACAAGGACGAUCACAGUCGGUGUGGCCACCGUAACAACCAUACGUGAUACUUAUUCGAUGUGCAACGACUGGAUUACGGCUCCAGCAGGCAAAACGAUCCAAAUUCGCGUAACAGCUUUGAAAGAUGUUCGAUGCAAAAACGGUUGUGUGCUAGCUGCUAUCGAACCGAAAGUCAUAGCAGAUAGAGCCAUGACGAGUCCAAGACUGAGAAGACUGGUAAGCCGUGAACGAUUCAGCUCUCUCUCAUAUCCAACCUUCAGUUACAGACAUCACGAACUAACCGAUCGCCAGACAAAAUAUGCACGCCCACCCGCAAUUCAGCCGCUAAUAAUCCCUUUUAUCGUUUCGAACAAAAACCGAGAAUCAUAA